AUGGCCGGUUUUAUUGGCUGUAUGUGCGCUAACCACCUAUUCGGUCUAAAUCCUAUAGCUUACUACAUAGUGCACUGUUUCUUCUGGAUUUCAUGUGAUUACGCUCUGAAUCGAUCAAUACAGAAUGGCCCUCUGCCAUACGGCUUGCCGGCUUUCGCAUUGGCGUGGGCGGUCCGUGAAGGAUUGGCGCCGUUCAUCUACAUUCGCGCAAUACUAACACCGAACAUCAACUGGAGAAAUGGCCGGUUUCGAUUACAUUGGGGCGGCAAGAUCAAGUCCUCGUGA